UAUUUUACUAGUUUAUUUGGUUUUUGCCCCUGAUUGUCCUUUGAAAUGUUCAGUUCCAAAGUGAUAAAUGAAUGAACAAAGUCUAACAGCUCUUUAUUACUUGUUACAGGUGUGCAGUGAAAGCAUUUGGAGGCAGUGAUCAGUGAAGUUGCGGACGGCAAAGCCGCCUACGUCGUGUCGUGUGUCCAUAGAGUGUGGUGCGCGAGUGUGCGUGUCGACUUGCCUAGUGCCUGUGACAGUGCCAGUGUGUGUGUGUGCGUGCGUGCGUCCGCAGUGGCGCCGACGCCGGCGUCAAGUCAAUGCCGGUGUGCCGAUGGAGCGGUGAUCGCGGCCUGACUACAUCACAAGAGCAGCGCUGGUGACGCGCUGCGUAGCGGUGGUUAAAGCGGCUCUGCCGCUUUAAAUGGACAAACGCAAGAUGCUGCCAAAGAGAGCGCGUAUGGAUAGCAUGCGGGGUCCCAUCGCCAACGGACCCUUGCAGUCGAGGCCCUUGGUGGCGUUAUUAGACGGACGCGACUGUACAGUCGAGAUGCCGAUACUGAAAGAUGUCGCGACAGUGGCGUUCUGCGAUGCACAGUCGACAUCAGAGAUUCACGAGAAGGUGCUCAAUGAGGCGGUGGGUGCACUAAUGUGGCACACCAUCAUACUGACCAAGGAGGACCUCGAGAAGUUCAAGGCGUUAAGGAUCAUUGUUCGUAUCGGAUCAGGUGUUGAUAAUAUUGAUGUCAAAGCGGCAGGUGAACUAGGCAUAGCGGUAUGUAAUGUACCAGGCUACGGUGUAGAAGAAGUAGCAGACACGACAAUGUGUCUCAUAUUGAACUUAUAUCGGCGGACGUACUGGCUCGCGAACAUGGUGCGGGAAGGGAAAAAAUUCACAGGACCGGAGCAGGUGCGCGAGGCAGCGACAGGUUGCGCGCGCAUCCGGGGCGACACGCUGGGCAUCGUGGGGCUGGGCCGCAUCGGCUCGGCCGUGGCGCUCAGGGCCAAGGCAUUCGGCUUCAACGUCAUCUUCUACGACCCCUACCUGCCCGACGGCAUUGAGAAGUCGCUCGGUCUAACCAGGGUCUACACACUUCAGGACCUUCUAUUCCAAAGUGAUUGUGUAUCAUUGCAUUGCAGCUUAAACGAACACAAUCACCACCUCAUCAACGAGUUCACUAUUAAACAGAUGCGCCCAGGCGCGUUUCUGGUGAACACGGCGCGCGGUGGGCUAGUAGACGACGAAGGCCUGGCCGCCGCGCUCAAGCAGGGCCGCAUCCGGGCUGCCGCGCUCGACGUGCACGAGAAUGAACCCUUCAACGUGUUCCAGGGCCCGUUGAAAGACGCGCCAAACGUGCUGUGCACUCCCCAUGCGGCUUUCUAUUCGGACGCGUCGGCACAGGAGUUACGCGAAAUGGCCGCGUCAGAGAUACGGCGCGCCAUCGUGGGCCGCAUCCCCGACUGCCUGCGGAACUGUGUGAACAAGGACUACUUCCUCGGCGGCGGCGCGCUCGCCGGCGGCGCGCUGGGCGGCGCGCCCCUGGCCGCGCCCGCCGCGCCGCCCGCGCCCUACCCCGAGAGCAUCAACGGCGGGUACUACGCGGCGGCGCAGGCGGCGCACUCCACCACGGCCGUGCACGACGCGCCCGCGCCGCAGCCCGCGCCGCAGCCCGCGCCGCACGCGCCGCACGCGCCCAUCGCGCCACACACGCCGCACGCGCCCAUCACGCCGCAGCCGCCCAUCUCCCUGCCAAUCAACACGUCGGAUCCGGCCAACCAUCAGUUGAAGCAGGAGAGCUCCGACGUCCAUUAGGCGACGAAGAUGCGCUACGUUACAGUACCGUGAUCACGCCGAGCGACUAAACAAACAUACAAACAAACAAUAGUUUUAUUGAUUCCAUCGCAAUUAUGUCAUAAGUACCUAUGUCGUAAGCCAACGAGUGAUAUAAUAAUGUAGUCGCGGCGUUUGCAUAGAGGCGACACAACGCUUUAUAUUAUAAAAUAGUAAAUUAGUGAGUUUUAGUGCGUCGGUUCGAUCCGCGGCGAGUGAGUCUGUCUGUCUGUCCUCAAACAUUUUGUUUUAUAGUGAAAUAUGUUCCUUCGCGGGAUAGGAGACAAAUGGGACGCUUGAAUUGACUGUGAAAUUAAUGUUAAUAAUAUAAAUACGCAGGCAUUCUCCAAUAAGGAUUGUGCCUCCAAUAGUAAUUAUUUUGAUUUACCUGACGAUUUAAGUGAUUUAUCGAGAAGCACUCCAUUUAUUUCCUACGUCGUGAUUUUCAUAGUCGAUUUCAUGUUAACUGACAAUAAAAAAUAAGAUUUUGACACAAACGAGAUUGAUAUAAACGAGGCACUCGUAACAACUAUUGAAGUUUUGAAAGUAUGCAAACGAAUCGAGCUAAAUCGGUUCUCGAACAUGUUUUAUAUACGUCAAGGAGACAAAUAAUUAUAAUUAGUGCAUAUGGCUUGCAGGAAUGUUGUGUGUGACUGUACACAGUUUUAUUUCAGUGUGAUUAUGAGAUUCCUUGUGAAAUGCACGCCCGUCUCGAUGCAAACGUCGCGCGUUAUGAGCGAAUAGUUGAUUCUGUGUUUGUAUUUGGUAAGUUGGGACAGCUAUAUAUAGAUACUGUUAUGGUAAAAUGCGUGUACUGAUCGCGGGCCGAAACGUGUAUGUUCUGUGUACUUGUACGUGUAAAUAAUGCGAUAAUAAGUCUAACUACUACUUUACUCCACACAGUCGAGCAUCGUGUACGUUGUGCGGUGAAGUAAUGCCACGUUGUCUUCUAUAGCUGCUAAUGAAAAAAUGAUGACCCACUGUGUGGAGUAGAUAAGUUUCAUACUAAGUGGACAACUACUUCGCGUACAGCGAAUAAUAAAAUGACAUACGCGUGAGAGCUCGUUGGAAUAGGUUUUUAGAAUCAUAAAGCUCUAAAGUUAUCACUGCCCAGUAUUUUGUAUAUGGUCAGCGAUAGUUAGCUUACCGGUACGCUUGACAACGACAACGAUGGCUGGAAAAGUUAAUUUAGAAACGAAUGGAAUCAAAGGUUCCACGAGUUUUAUGUAAAUUUGUAUAAGGCUUUUGUGCUUACCUUGGCGGGUAAUUAAAUAGAUUUUUAUAUUGAAUUAAAAUGUACAAAAAGAAAGUCAUUAAAACUGUCAGUCUCAUUUAAAACACAUACACAUUUGACAUUAUUAUCGCGUUAUUCAGACGUAUUGUACCCCGUGUGUGUGUUGAAUCAAAGCGCUGGAGUUAUACUGUGUACUGCGGUACGCGUAGGUUCGAUGCAUGGUCCCAGCCCCUGGUCUAUGAGCAUUUGAUCGCAUUUGUUUGUACCCACACGGCCGCGGCCCCGGUCCGGCCCGAGCGCAUGCAUUCGAACUGUUAUUUUUAAGUAAUCAACAAAAGGACUGUAGAAUUCUAUCAUCACACUUUAUUAAUGAGAAAACGGAUGUCUUCGUGUUUCUUUUUUUUUACUUUGAAAAUGUACAAAAUCAUCCUUCAUUUGAAUAUUUUUUUUAAAUAGAGUUUAAGUGACGAAUUUGUACAUGAACAUGAAAGAACACCAUGAAUAUAAAAUUUAGAACCGAAACGCAAUAGAGGGGCACCGCCCCGCCGUGCACCCGUUUGACAAUCGUGAGAAUUGGUAUUUAAAAAUUAGUAUUUACUUACAGUUUAGUUUAAUGACAAAAACAAUGUGUAUAUUUUAUGAGAAAGUGAAAAGUUCUUAAAUAAAACUAUUGUUUUCGGAUUAAUUA